AUGUUGCGCCACGGCUACCUUCAUUCCCCCAUCUCCUGGAGAGACGUGAGGAGAGAUGGCUUCCACGGCGUCUGGCUGACCUUCGACGAAGAGACCAAGCCGGACAUCGUCGUGCUCUACUGCCACGGGGGCGGCUUCUCAAUGGGCUCCAGCUAUUUCUACAUGGAAUUCCUACUUGCCUGGGUUUCGCUCCUGAAAGAGGCAGGCUACAAGAAUCCAGCCCUCUUCGCCCUGGAGUACACCCUCGUACCCGAUGCCGUCUACCCAACCCAAGUUCAGCAACUCUUUGCGGGGUACGAGCAUGUCCUUUCCAUCAUCGAAGACCCCUCGCGAGUGUGUGUUGGCGGAGAUUCCGCCGGCGGAACCCUCAUUCUCAGUCUUCUGCUCUAUCUUGCAGACCAUGAAUGUCACAGUGGCAAGCUCCCAGCUUUGGCUACUAUGAUCUCACCUUGGGUCACAAUCAUUUCUCCAAAUAAUCGAAAUACUGCAAGCGAUUACCUCAACUCCGACAGCCUACACCUUUACGGAAAACAGUACGCCGGCAACAAAAUUUCCAUUGAUGACCCGAUGGUCUCUCCGGGUAACUGCAAAGAUGUUGAACGUUGGGCAAGAGCAUCCCCCUCUCAAGGCUGGUGUUUCCUCUAUGGAUCUGAAGAAGUUCUCGGUCCAGAAAUCCGAGAUGUCGUCAGCAUAUUGGAAAAGGGAGGAGCGCAUGUUGACGUUGACGAAGAAGAUGGGGGUAUUCACGCUUGGCCAGUCGCAUCUCUAUACCUCGGUGAGACCGGCGAGGAGCGCUUGAAAGGACUUCAGCAUAUCUCGAAAGUCAUCAGAAGGAGAAUGCUAUGA